AUGUGUUCCAGUCCAAGUAUUUGUGGGGGCAACAACCGUCCAAACAGAUCCAGCUCUGAAACCAGAGGUUCAGGUGCCCACUAUGCCCUGUGUGCCCUGGGAGUGGGACUCAUCGCCCUUGGGAUCGUCAUGAUAGUCUGGACUGUGAUACCUGAGGAUGCAUUGUCAGGUUCUACAAAUUCCACUUCCUUAGGUACUAAGCCUGAUGAUGAUGAAGAAGAAGACAACACAGAUCGCAGCAAAUCCUCAUCGGUGGCAUUGGUGCUCGUUGGAGUUGGGAUUGUCAUGCUGCUGUUGUCUAUAUGCCUUGGUUUGAGGAGUAAGAGGAGAGCUCGAAACCAAAACCAGUCAGCGACAACAGGAGAAGGUUUCAUGGACCACGUCGCAGGAGUGGAACAGCCGACUGUAGACCCAGAGGCGUAUAACGUGCCAAGUUAUGAGGAGGUUGUUGCCAGUGGCAACUACCCCGUUCGCCAGAGCAACCUGAGGCAGAGCACCUCACAGCUACCGUCCUAUGAGGACAUCCUUGCAGCUGUAGAAAAUGAGGGAUCACAGCCUGCUAACAACUCCACGGAGAACAGCCCUCUGAAUGACCAAGCCCCAGCUGGUGCUCAGCCCCCUGCAGAGCCCUCCAGCCUCACAUCACAACCCAGCCUGCCGACACGCAGCGCCAGCCGGGCCAGCCGACUGCUGAAGCCCCUCAGAGUAAGACGGAUAAAGUCAGACAAACUGCACCUGAAAGACUUUCGCCUCCAGAUCCGCACCCCCACACAGAACCCAGUGACCAUUGAACCCAUCACUCCACCCCCAGGGUACGAGAACAAGCUGCCUGAAUUACAGUAAUGGCUCAUUCUUCUUUCCCGUUUGGUCAAUGGCUGAUUAAAAUCUAUGAAAUUUUCUAAUGGAUUUAGAGGACUGCUGGUAAUAUUUCUGAGAGCCUGUAAGAGCUCCAUGAAGUAGGUAGAUGUGCCAGUUGAGCAGGAUGAUGGAGGCAGAGGCACUCCGGAAAUGAAAAAGUUUCUGACAGACCUCUUUAUCCACAAAGCUCCCGAUUGGCUAAUAUUUAACACCUCUGACCAAAGGUAACCAUUUUUUAAAUGUAACUUGUGUCAAGUAGAGGACCGCAUUUCAGUUUUAUUUAUUAUUUGAAUAAAAUGCCUCUAAACACAAUAUGUUGUUGCUCUGUUAUGUCAAAUGAAACUGUAUGUUUUGAUCCAGUCAGAAAUUUAAAAUCAGUUAUCAGGUAGAUGUUUGGUUUGAGAUAUAAAACAACUGUGACAAAAAUGUGAGUAUGGAGAUUUAGUUAGUACGGUGAUAACUCUUAAUCUUUUUAUCUAAAAGAACUUAGUAAAAAUGUUGUCAUUCAUAUAGACAUUAGAAGAGGGAAAAGCUUUAAUUUUAAACUUGUGUAAGUAAUACAGGUUGAGACAUUUUUUUAAUAUAUAUAUAUAUAAAUGUUUUAAACCUUAAAGUAUGUAUAACUGUUUUAAAUAUUUUUAAGAAAUGGUGGCAAAUAAAAAGAUUUGUUUCUGUUAGGUUUUCUGUAAAUGUAUGUUGCAGAUGGUAGUAAUACCUUUUUAAUGCUUAACUAUUGUACUUUUAAGUCUACUUUUUUCAUAAUUUGCAUGGUGUACCUGUAAACUGUGUAUAUAUAUCUAUAAAAUACAAAUUCUGUUUCACUUUUGCGUAGUAAAAUUAACUCUCAAAACUUUAGUUUUUUCAUUAUAAUUUUUUUUUCUCCUUCCAUAUAAAAUGUUUUAGUUUACUUCACUUUAGAUUAUUUUGGUAACUUUGCCGCCCUCUAGUGGUAAGAAUGUUAUUCUCACUGUGAUGUGGCUACAUUCUAAUGUGAAAGCGCAUUGUGAAAUGUCAAAUUUUUCUUUUAUAAUCUUUUUUUAACAGUGACCUACAUUAAAAGGUUGAAGGUUUUGUUAGAUUUUUUUAUUUAGUUAUCUUGUGUUGCUCCAACAUUGAGGAAUGUUUCCUGCAGCUGGUUUAGUUUUUUUGUGAAAUAUCACUGUCUCAAUUCUUUUGUAAACUUUUUUUUUUUUUUUUUUUUUUUUUUUUUUUUUUUUUACUGGCACUAACACCUAACAUUGUUGGAAUAUGUGCUCUUUUUUUCCCCCUUACACUUACCAGAAAGUUUAUUUUUGGUCUCAUCUAACCAGAGUUUCUUCUUCGACAUGUUUGCCAUCUCUCCUAAACUGCUUUUAAGCAACUCCUAACUUUACUGUUUUUGUCUUGCCACACCAUGGUGUCUUUUGGCUGCUUCUCUGAUUGAUAAAUUAUUUCUUUAAUCUG